AUGACCAGAAACCCAGACCUACACUGGCCCCCCAGCUGGAUCCCAACCCCCAGCCAGGACUCAGACCGCAGGACCCUCCAGUCCCCGCCCCCGCCCGGCAGGUGCAGCCCCACCCAGGCUGUCACCUUCCUAGAGUUAGAGCUGCGGGUGCCUGAGUCAAGGCUUGGGGUACUCCGUGCGCUCCGGGAGUGCGCAUGUGUUGUUUCUAACAGGCAGAGGGGAAAUCCUAAGGAUAUUGGAGGAGACACACUACUUGCCACCUCUGGCUUCUGAUCCGGCGCGCUCUACCAACCCUCAAGUGUGCUCACACGUCUGUGGACCCGAGCAGGCCCACUGAGGAGGGAAAGCUGGAGGCAGGCUUGAAUACUGCGCGGCCUGGACAGCUGGCCAUCCAUCUUGAGGCCCAGCCCGGCUCCCCGCCCGCUCUCUCCAGCCGGCCCGAGGGAACUCGCGCCCCGCGCGCGCCACGGCCGGCCACAUUCUGCGCCCCGGGAUGCAGCGCGCCCUGGUCCCCGGCCGACAGGCCCUGGCCCCAGACCCCCUGGAUCCCCGCCCGGCCUCACCUUGACGUGGAAGCGGAUGAGCGCCAGGCGGAUUGCAGUGGCCAUGCAGACGCCAACCAACGGCGUGCCCUUGUUCUGGACAUGGCUGACGAUCUGCUGUGCCGUCUGGCGCUCGUUGCCCUGCCGCUUGACCCACUCGUGCAGCCGGGCCUUCUCGAGCGCGCCGUUGAAGAAGACGAAGAGCUCGAUGUCGCCGAAGCAGGCCUUGGCCAGCGCCGCCAGCAGCCUCUGUCGAGGAGCAGGAUGCAGCUGACGUGCAGCAGUCCAGACCGCAGCUACUGAGCAGAUGGAGCCUGUACCCACCCAGUUUCGCCCUGUAGGCUCAAAGAAGCCCGCGUGCUCUCUGUAAAAA